AAUAUUGACAGAGCAGCUGCCUCACACAGAUAAAAGUGACAUGCUUUGGGGAAUCCUGAGUAGAAACCUGAAGACCAGAAGGCUAUCCAGAGAUGAUUUCAAAUGAAGAAGGCAGUAGAGAUGGAAAACAAUUUCAACAUAGCACAAGAAGCGAAGGAUCUGUCUCCACGAUCAGAGUUGGGUCCAGAAAUCUUCCACUGUAUCCACUUGUUAUCGUGUGUUUAGGACUGCUGAACACUAUCCUGCUGUUAACUUCUAUCGUUAUUGGGAUUUACUGUGGCAAAGUCAGUGAGGAAUCCACUCACCACCAAGUAGGCUUAACAGAACAAUCACUCUUAGUAGAAGUGAAUCAACUUCUGAUAAUUAAGAAUGAAGCUUUAAUGGCUCAAAAAACUGCUGAACAAAAAUUACAGCAAGCGUUAAGGAGACACCAGCAACUUAAACUGCAGCUGGAGCAGAACAAGACCGUCAGUGACAGGUUUGAGAGGCAGCUUGAGACACUACGAGUGGAGAAGGCAACGCUAGAGUCCAAAUCAUCUGAUUUGCUGGAAAACUGUGGACGAUGCCCCCCAGGAUGGCUUUUAUUAAACACAUCGUGCUACUUCCAUGCUAAAAAACCAUCCAAUCCCCCAAUGACCUGGAGAUCCAGCAGAACAGACUGUAUCAGCCGUGGGGCCGACCUUGCUGUGAUUGAUACCUGGGAAGAGCAGGUAAAUAUUUUUGAGCAUCUGGUAAAACAGGAGUCACGCUGGAGUCGAUCAUCAUGGAAAUCGUCUGUGGGAAUUUGGAUUGGCCUUACGGAUAUUCAAACAGAGGGCACUUGGGUGUGGGUGAAUAAUGUGAUUCUGGAUGGAGGGUACUGGAUGCAAGGGGAGCCCAACAACGAUCAAGCGGACAUUGAGGAUUGUGCAGCACUUAGGAACAAGGAAAAUACUAUGAGAACGUGGUUUGGGGUAAAUUGUCAAGUGCGCAAGGAAUGGUUGUGCGAAAUGGCACCCAGCAAUUCAGGCUGACUUUAAGUGUCAAACAAAUCAUCAUAUGAGGAGAGAGGACAAAAACCCAGUUGUCCUUCAAAGCAAAAUGUGUUGUUUGUUGAUUAUUUACCCAUGAAUAAAUGCCUUGAUUACAUAUAAACAA